AUGGACCUGGACCCUUGUCCCGACACGAGCACGUCGACGCCCGCGCGCGACGACACCCAGACGCGCGCGUGGAACCAGCUGCGCCCAGCGUCGACCACAACGCGAGCCCAGAGCUGCCUGCUCGAGACGCUGUACAUGACGCCCGCGCUCCGCACGCGGCUGUACCAGUCGACAUCCGCAUUCAACGACAGCAGCCCCUGCAGGAACUCCAGCUCCUCUUUGCACGGCUCCAGCUUCGAGUCGCAUGCAAGACCAUCGACACGCCCGCUCUGGCGCAGAGCUUUGGCUGGACGACAAAUGACGUUCUGCAGCAGCACGACGCGCACGAGCCCUACCACGUCCUCUUGGAUGUACUCGACGCUUCUCUCCAAGGCACACCCGACUUGCACUUUAUCGAUGACCUCUACCAAGCGCAGCCUCCUCGACACCUUUCUCGGCCUUUCACUCGGAGUCGCAUCGACGCCGACAAGCGUCGAAGAGGCCAUCACGAGCUUCCUCGCACCCGAGCGCAUUGUCGGCAACCAUCAAUGGCUCUGCGACGUCUGCGGCACCACCCGAGACGCCUUCAAGCGCCUGUCGCUCGUGCAACUCCCGCCUCUUCUUACGCUUCAGCUCAAGCGCUUUGCGUGGGACCACGGCAAUCAAAGUGUCCCAAGUACCUCGACAUGA